UACUUCCCCGGAAGUCCGAAUUGAACAUCCGGAAAAAGGAUAUAUUCCAGGGAACAUACAGCGCUUGCGCCUGGGAGGGCCGGAAGUUGAAGUGGGAGUGAUUCUGCUUCCGUUUCUAGUUUUCCCCUUAGUGUUUGGUUUCUUCGCGGCCGACCAAGAUGAACCGAUUCUUCGGGAAAGCGAAACCCAAAGCUCCGCCGCCCAGCCUGACUGACUGCAUUGGCACGGUGGACAGCAGGGCAGAAUCUAUUGAUAAGAAAAUUUCCCGGCUGGACGCUGAGCUAGUGAAGUACAAGGAUCAAAUCAAGAAGAUGAGAGAGGGUCCUGCAAAGAAUAUGGUCAAGCAGAAAGCCUUGCGAGUUUUAAAACAAAAGCGGAUGUAUGAACAGCAGCGGGACAACCUUGCCCAACAGUCUUUUAACAUGGAACAAGCCAACUAUACCAUCCAGUCACUGAAGGACACCAAGACCACGGUGGAUGCUAUGAAACAGGGAGUAAAGGAAAUGAAGAAAGCAUACAAGGAAGUGAAAAUCGAUCAGAUUGAGGACUUACAAGACCAAUUAGAGGAUAUGAUGGAAGAUGCAAAUGAAAUUCAAGAAGCACUGAGUCGUAGUUACGGCACCCCAGAACUAGAUGAAGAUGACCUAGAAGCAGAGUUGGAUGCACUGGGUGAUGAGCUUCUAGCUGAUGAAGAUAGUUCAUAUUUGGAUGAAGCAGCAUCUGCACCUGCAAUACCAGAAGGUGUUCCCACGGACGCUAAAAACAAGGUGAACACCUUUUCUGUUUCUAUUUCUAUUUCUGUUCAACUUGGUGAAGAUUUUAUGCCCAUCAGUCUGAGAACCUAA